GGCAGAGGCACCGAACGAGAACAAAAUAGUAGCUCGUUCGUUUGCGUACGUACCUAUCUAUAGCAUUAUUUUGUUUUCAUGUGGUCUUACUACUGAUUGAUAACAUAAUGUGGAGGCCGAGUUUCACCAUCUUACAAAAAGUAGUUUUGCCUUCGUUUAGAGAUAAUUUAAAUCUCUCAAAAUUUCUUUUUUCUACAAAAAGCCGACUUCCAAAGUCGACAUCAAAGUUAACCCUUGUUAGUGCUAGUAUCGGUGUUCUCGUCGGCGCAGGUUAUGGAGGUUACACGCAUUAUAAAGUGAACGUUAAAAAGACUUUUAAACCUGGGGAAACUGAAGAGUACGCAUUUUUGAAAGAAGCUCCAGAGUAUGCAGCUCAUUAUAAAAUAAUCAAUGAUGCGGAUACGAGUAACCUACAGCUCACGCUGUUUCAAUACCGGACUUGUCCGUUCUGCUGUAAGGUUCGAGCAUACUUGGACGCUCGCGGCAUCAGUUAUGAGAUAGUGGAAGUAGACGCGGUGCUCCGUCAGGCUAUUAAGUGGUCAGGAUACAAGAAAGUACCCAUACUGCUCGCAAAAGUGGAUGGAGGUUACCAGCAACUAUUGGACAGUACAGCGAUUAUAUCCGUCCUCGAAACGUGUUUAAAAGAUAAAUCUUCUGAAUUGCGAGAAAUCAUCAAGUUCUACCCAGUCACCAAGUUUGUGAAUGAAACUGGAAAUGAGUCGACCGACAUUGCGAACAAAUACUUCAUCAUGCAUCAAGCAAAUGUGCCGGAUGAAAAGGAGAAAGCCCUUGAAGUUGAGGAGCGCCAGUGGCGUCAGUGGGCCGACCGAGUCCUUGUCAACACACUAUCCCCCAACGUAUACAGGACGGCCGGCGAAGCUCUUGAGACCUUCCAAUGGUUUGAGCAAGCUGGCGGCUGGAGGCAGUUCUUCCCCGCGUGGGAGUGCACCCUCAUGGUAUACAUUGGUGCCGCCGCCAUGUAUAUGAUUUCUAAGAGGCUGAAGACCAGGCACAAAAUAAAGGACGAUCCACGUGAGUCGCUCUACGACGCCGUCAAUGAAUGGAUGGGUGCAGUACAAUCGAAAGGAACUCCCUUCCUGGGGGGAGACAAGCCAAACCUAGCCGACGUGACAGUUUUCGGAGUUCUCAGCAGCAUUGAAGGAUGCACGGCUUUCCAGGACCUGAAGAACAACACCGCAGUAGAGAAAUGGUACUACGAAACGAAGAACGCCAUAGAAAGGAGAAUGGGUAAAGUUAUUGCUGUUCACGCUUGAACGUUUGAUGAAAUAUUCGUGUUUUGGUGUUGAUAAGCGACUUUGACAUCAAACAUUCUUCAGAACUUUUAUAGUUAGUGACUUUCCUCAGCAAUAGUAGGACUACUUAAUACUAUUAAUUUUAGAUUAUUUAAUAACGUACCAACGUAGUGUUUCGUUCGUGAUAAUAGGUAGAGAGAAGUUUUAGGCAAAUGUCGUGAGUUUUUAAAUUUGACUUGAGGAUAAAUUGUAUAGUUCAAACAGAAUUGCCUAAGAUACUCGUAUACUUAGAUAUAAAGCUGGUGAAAUCUUAAAGUGUAUAAACAGUUAUGACUAUAAUAUGUCAAGUUUAUUGAAAUUAACUACAGAUUUUAAUUACAAUUCGUAGAUUUAACUGCAGAUACAUUAUUUACCUAUUAUGUCGUUACUUGAUGCAGAUUCUAUAACAGACGUUAACAAAUAAAGAUUUCUAACACAUAUAGUUGGCAAUAGUGCUGGCGUGUGUAAUAUUAUAAAGAAACAUGUUGACACACAAAAGCAACUUCCACAAAGUUGUUCAGAUGUUUUCCGCCAAUUUUUGAAGUACCUACGAGACACCUUUAACGGCUCAUUUUUUGUCCAAUCCAUAAUAAAUAACGCAAUUUAGUCAAAAUGCGAAGAAAUAAUAUAUUUGUAGAUAUUUUUCUUUGUUCAUAUUUGAUUGUUAUUUUAUUUAUGGGAGACAUUGUAGUAUAAUUGCGUCCGAACUUAUUUUACUACCUGAUCUAGUAUAAUUAUACAUUUGUUGCGUCUUGUCUAUAGAUUAUGUAACGAUUUACAAACAUAGUACUAUUAUUAUAACAGUUGCAAUAAACUUGGUUCCUAGUGAAGUUAUUACGUUGUUGAGAUUUAUGUAAAUUAGAGUUUCGUAAUGAAACUGUUAAUUUGUAUUUAUUCGAAUAAUGUAGUUAUACAUUUCCUUCAUAAAAUCAAUCUCGAUAGCUCGGCUAGGCAAUGUAAAAGCUUUUAUUGGUUUCAUAUUUUUAAGGAAAUUUGUUCAGUGGAUUCACUACUCGUGGCAUGUGAGAAAACGCAGUACAAUUAGCACGUGUAUUUUGAAUAUAAAUAGUGAAUGGAAAUAUCGUUUUUGUCUCGAGAACUGAAUAAAGGCUGUGGUCACCACUUAAGUAUUGUAUAAAGUUUAUAACAGUAAAAGACUACGGUAAAAUUGGGUGGGAAAAGGGACCGAAGAAGGGUGAAUCGAUACUAUGAAGAAUUUCCAUGUUUCUAUUCACUCAUCUUCUGUCCCUAUUCAUCUCUCGAUCGGUGAUAGGUCACCCCAUUUUACGGUAGCGGAAAUAAAACAUUUUCGUAAUACCUACAUAUUAUAUUGUAUACAGAAUAACAUCACAGCCAAAUUAUAAGUUUACGUUUGUGUUACGGUUAAAACAUUUUGCAAUGAAUGGCCUUAAUUUUGUCUUAUUUGGUUAGAAUAAUUUUAACCCGGUUCGAGUUAUCGAGAUUUUAUUUGUCUAAAUCAGGGGUCCCAAUAUUUUCUCGGUCAAGAACCACUUUGACUUCAUUCUUGUUAACUUAGAGACCACUAUUGCUAUUACUUUUUUCAUGUGGUCCUACACUAGGAUUUUCCUCAGAGUUAUGGGGUUCAUUCUCAUAAAAAUUGUGUUUCUUGGAUUAUUGAAAUAGGUGGCACCACUUAGUGGCUCCUUCCCUUUACAUACUUAAGUGGUGGUCCACGGCCUGCCGGUUGGGAACCACUGGCCUAGAUAGUCGCUUAUCAUAAAAAUAUCGUCUGAAGGUCGUGAAUUAUUUAGUUUAUUUUGUAGACUAGUUGUUGCCCGCAACUUCGUCCGCGUUUUCUUCGCAUCCGCAACUUCGUGCGAAUCUUACGGGUUCUUUGAAUCAGUCUUUUCCAAGGUAUAUUCUAUGGCUGUAACAAAUGUCAUUAGAAUCGAUUCAGUGCCUAAGUUAGAUUUAUUGUAAAAUGAACGAUUUUACCAAUACAGUGCCCGUUCCCGUAAGGUUUUAGUGAUAAAAAAUAUAUCGACUAAUGCUGUACCGAAUCUCUCUAAAAUAAGUUAAAGAGAUAAAGAGACUUUAACGGGGCUUUAACGUGUUCGUUUUGAUUUUCGACAGCUAUUUGGAAAUAAUUGAACCGAUUUAAUUACAUUUUAAUAGAAAGGAUGCAAUUAUCUAUAUCUAUACUAAUAUUAUAAAGAGGAAAGAUU